CUUUCAUCAAGCUCCGGCUGAAGAAUCCCAAAUCGGCAUUCCCUCACUAUAUUCUCCUAUCGCGAUUGGUCCGCGGCCAUACUUCAGCCACUAGGCGACGAAUACGAGCGCUGAAGGAUUGAUGGAAUCUCCGGCAGAUACUCGCCCCAUGUGGAGCCCCCGGAUCACCCCAGAUUAAAAUUACGCGUGUCGACUCCUCGUGUUUGGCCGGCUUUUGUCCGUGCCUUGCUGCUAGGCUGAACAUGUCGGGCCGACAUCAUCUAUCCCCUGCGUUUGUGGAGAAGUUCCCCCGCACCCCGGAGAUACUAAGGAAUUAGAUUGCGUGCUGAAGAAUUUUCCGGUCUUGUGAGGAGUGAGAUGUCUACACUAGCUGUUGGGAUCAAGGGUAUUGUUUUCACGAGCUUUUUGGGUCUCGCGAUGGGUAUAAGUAUGGCAUGACAUCCCCUGUGGUCAAGGAUACUCCAGCACCGAGAAUAACCACCUUUUACCGCAGAUUUUUUGCAUCCACAAUGUCGGCCAUGAAAGGAUUCCUAUUUCUUGCGGCCACCCAUCUAAUUGGUACUGCCCAUGGCCAUGGAUACUUGACCAUCCCCUCCAGCCGUACCCGUCUAGGGUUCGAGGCUGGAAUCGACACAUGCCCCGAAUGCUCAAUCCUCGAGCCCGUCUCGGCAUGGCCUGACCUAACCGCGGCGCAGGUCGGUCGAAGUGGACCGUGCGGCUACAAUGCCCGCGUCAGUGUCGACUACAACCAGCCCAGUGACUACUGGGGCAACGAGCCCGUCGUCACGUAUUCGGCCGGUGACAUUGUUGAGGUGCAGUGGUGUGUGGACAACAACGGCGACCACGGCGGCAUGUUCACGUAUGGCAUCUGCCAGGACCAGGCGCUGGUUGACCUCUUCCUCACGCCGGGGUAUAUCCCAACAAACGAGGAGAAACAGGCUGCCGAGGAUUGUUUCCUCGAGGGUGAGCUGAGCUGCACGGAUGUGCCCGGACAGAACUGCGGGUACAACCCCGACUGCACUGCAGGACAAGCCUGCUAUCGGAAUGACUGGUUCACCUGCAAUGCUUUCCAAGCGAGCAGCAACCGGGGAUGUCAGGGCGUGGAUGCGGCGCCGCUGGGUUCCUGCGCGACGACUAUUGCGGGUGGAUAUACUGUGACCAAGAAGAUCAAGAUCCCAGACUACAACUCCGCUCACACGCUUCUGCGGUUCAGGUGGAACUCGUUCCAGACUGCGCAGGUUUAUUUGGGCUGUGCGGAUAUCGCCAUCUCGGGCUCUGGUGGCUCGCCUACUUCAUCAACUACUGCAACUUCUACCACCAGCACCACCUCGGCCUCAUCCAGCUGCGCCGCGGCGACGUCUAUCCCCGUCACAUUCGACGCCAAGGUGACGACCUCCUGGGGCGAGAAUGUCUACCUUGUCGGCUCAAUCAGCCAGUUAGGCUCGUGGUCAACUGGCUCCGCCGUCGCGCUCAAUGCUGAUAAAUACACCUCGUCGAACCCGCUCUGGAGCGUCACAUUGGAUAUCCCGGUUGGAACCUCCUUUGAGUACAAGUACAUCAAGAAGGAGUCGGAUGGAAGUGUCGUGUGGGAGAGUGACCCGAACAGGAGCUACACCGUUCCAAGCGGAUGUCAGGGCGCAACGGUGACUGCCAGUGCCUCCUGGCGGUAGACAUUGUGAUUGUGCAGAGAUGGAUUCGGGUGAUGGUGAUGGCGAUAUGAGUGAUGCUUAUGCAACUUGUUGGUCAUGGAUGGAUAAUCAUUUGAACUUUCGUCGGUAGAAUUUAUCUUUGAU